CAUGACGCCCAUCCUGACGUCAUUUUAAGCAUUUACGCCUCUUCCCUCUUUACAAUGUUAUGCCUUCUUCUGUUUUUAUGGUGCAAACAGACUUCUCACGAAAUGCGUAGAAGCGGCAGCUAACUCUGCUGUGAUUCGAAGAAGCGGUUUUGGUCAUGAUCUUGUAGUUUAAACCCGUGUUUUGUGCCGACUGAAAUAGCAAGCAGUCCCUUUGUAUAAAUAGACGACGGACCGCCAUUUGGGAAGCAAAAAACAGAACGCCAAUUUAAAUUAGGCUGCUGCUAACCUUCGAAGCAUUAUGAUUUCUCACGGUUUUAAGAGGACCAAAAAGGACUUUACGUUUGGCCCUUGGAAUGUGACAACUGCCAAAAACCAUAUAAUGAAAUCCAAAGACAUUGAACGAUUAACAGAAGAGUUGAACUUGCCUUCCCUUCCAGAAAUGUUAUUUGGGGACAACGUUCUGCGCAUCCAACACAGUGAUGGCUUCGGUAUUGAAUUUAAUGCCAUUGAUGCCCUGAAGAGAAUCAACAAGUUGGAUGACACCGUCCAAGUGGCCUGUGCUCAACAAUGGCAGGAGAGCAGAAUUUCUGAACACUGUCAAGAGGUGGUGAAACCAUACGACUGGACAUUCACCACAGAUUACAAAGGCACUUUAAUAGGAGAGGAAUUGCAGAUUAAGGUGUCUGAGACUACAGAAAGAAUUAACUUGGAGAAGCUGAGGGCCCGUGAACAGAUCGUGUUCUUUGAUGAAGUCCUACUGUUUGAGGAUGAGCUGCAUGACCAUGGGGUCUCAAUGAUAAGUGUCAAAAUUAGGGUGAUGCCCACUAGUUUCUUCACAUUGCUGCGUUUUUUCCUGCGAGUGGAUGGUGUGCUGAUAAGAAUAAAUGACACACGACUAUAUCAUGAGGCUGGACAGAAGUACAUGUUAAGAGAGUUCUGCACAAGAGAAAGUAACAUCACAGACUUGAAGAGUGUUCCCGCUUCGCUAUACACUGAUCCGAAUGAAAUAGAGCAACAUUUAACCUUCAAACUAAGACACUGUGAGAAGUUGGAACUUCCAGCGCAGGAGCAUGACACCAUUAAUGAAAUGAAAUAAUGAGCAGUAUAUUCUUCAGUUUGUAUUUUUUAUAUGAUAGUCUAAGUAUAAAAUAUUCCUGGCAUUGGGUGGAAACUUUCCAUCUCCAAAACCAUCACUUUACGGGAAACAAUAAAUAAAUAAAAACAAAACGGGGGACUGACCUAUGGUAUCGAUUUGGGGGGAAAAAAAAAAGUGAAAACUUUGACCGAAUUUAGAACUAAGUGGUUUUGCACCAACAACAGCAAUGUAAUAGAUAAUGAUUGCAUUCUUCAAAUAAUAGAUGUUACUGCCAUGUAUGUAACGUUUCUGUGUAUUUCUGCUUUCCAAUUUAAAUGUUCUGAUAAGUGAUCAACUUGAAUAAAAAAUAAU